GCGUCAUGGCCUCUUAACCAUCCCCACUGCAUGCGUGUCUCCGUGACUUCACCACUGCAUAGAAUUUACAACGUCCUGCACAGUGAAAGCCGUGCUGCCUGUCUCUAGCGCUGUUCUAUCUGCCUUCAGCCUGACAACGCAUAAUUAGCGCCUUGCAGCUGUAGCGCCGCCAUACUUUCUCAGGCAACAUAGCAACUCCACCAUUACCUACAACACAACACCGCCAAGAUGAGCACGGGAGCAAAGAAGAGGAUCAUGAAGGAGUACGGCGAGUGCAUGGCCGACAUGCCAGCGGGCAUGAAGAUCAGCUUCGAUGAGCAGAACAUGACCAAGUGGGAGGUCCUGAUGGACGGACCGGACCAGUCUGUGUACGCGGGCGGGCACUUCAAGCUCGAGAUCACAUUCCCCAACGAAUACCCGUUCAAGCCGCCGGUCGUUUCGUUCCGCACCAAGAUUUAUCACCCCAACGUCAGCAACGACGACAAGGGCUCCAUGUGUCUGGGUCUGCUGCGCGCGGAUGAGUGGAAGCCACCGAACAAGGUUGUUUCAGUCCUUCGCCUCAUCCAGACGCUCCUCAUCGAGCCAAACCCGGACGACGCCAUCGAGCCAUCUAUUGCCAACGAGUACAGGGAGAAUCGCAAGCAGUUCGAAAAGAAUGCGCAGGACUGGGUCAAGCGCUAUGCAAAGUGAGCGGGAGGGAUGUCACGCGACAGGGACGGCUAGGGAAACGAGGGAAACGAGGUCGAGGCUGAUGGCUACACUGCAUUUUGGGCGUUUGGCGAAGCUGCGUCAGCGGCUGACGAUGGACACGAUCGGUGAUGGGUGACGGAAAGAGCAAGCAACGAAUCUAUAUCAACAUGGAUGGUAAUACAUAUGAUCGUGAUGCAUAGGUGGUCAGGUCGUGAGUCGUGAGCUGGGCAGAACACCCAGGUAAGGGAUACCCUGAGAUCUUUUGCUAAAUGAACAUAAUUGCACCGAGGCACGUCGUCAUGGGCGGAUUCCUCAGCCGUGAUGUGUACCAAGAGCGCAAGCAAAUGAACAGAAGCAAAUGAGAGGACUAGGAUGCGCGCUCUGCCAGUCUUUCGAGAACACAUAGUGGC